AUGGUAGAGUUCGAACUCAAGCAAAGCACCACAAGCACGAAACCAAAAGACAUAGAUGACACUAUCGUCCCUACUUCUUCAAUUGAUAUUGAAGGAAAGAUCGUGAACCUUGAUGAGAGGCGUCUACGUGCUCAGGGUCAUGAGGCCCAGCUCGAGCGGUCGUUCACUUGGCUUGGAGCUAGUGCUCUGGCCUACAGUAUUUGCAACCCAUGGCUGUCCUAUGCAAGUUUCUUUGGUCUUGUCCUGGCUCAAGGAGGCGGCCAAACCGCAAUGUUUAGUAUUCUGGUGGGGGCUGUUGUCCAAUGGAUUAUCUUUUUGGGUGGGGCUGAGUUCUGCUCUGCAUUGCCAUCCUCUGGAGGUCCAUACCACUUUGCUUAUGUUGUCGCCCCCCAAAAAACAAGGAACUUUGCUGCAUAUAUGACUGGCUUCUUGAAUAUCCUUGCCUGGUUGAUUGGUACUAGCUCUGGGACAAUUUACACUGCCAUUUCAGCCUUUGGCUGUGCCACCAUAUGGUUUCCUGACUUUGCACAAGAACGAUACCAGGUAUAUCUCUGCUAUCUUGGUGUGAUCAUUAUAUCACUUAUACCAAUAUGCACAAUCCCCCAGAAAUAUCUGGAUAAAUGGACAAAGUCUUGUAUGGCCCUAUCUUUAAUUGGCAUGUUUACCACAAUUGGUAUAACUCUUGGCAUGGGUAGAGGUCACUAUUCAUCUGGUUCUAUUUUCGUUGACUUUAAAGGAAUCACUGGCUGGAGCCCUGGUACAGGUUGGCUUCUGGCUAUUGCUAACUCAUUGUACUGCUAUGCUGGGAAUGGCUCAGUCAUCCACCUCGCUGAAGAAAUACCUGACCCCGGUCGAAAGCUCCCACAAAUCAUCAAUAUGGCCAUGUUGAUGGGCGUCAUUUUGGUUAUCCCCUGGAUUGUGGCCCUUCUCUAUUGUAUUCAGGAUAUUGAAGCUGUUCAAACAUCCUUCCUGCCCAGCCUGGAAGUUUUCGCCCAGAUUACUAGGAGCAAGUCCGCUGCAAUAGGCUUGCAGGCAUUUAUGACCUUGCUAUAUUACACAUGCAUUCCUAGUCAAUGGAUCACCUGCAGUCGUCUUAUCUGGGCUUUUGCGCGUGAUAAUGGUCUUCCGUUUUCCAGCUACUGGCAGCAUGUUGAUUCCAAGCUUGGGAUUCCCUGGAGGACAACUCUCCUGUCUGCUAGUUUCUGCGCUAUCUACGGUGCUCUCUAUGUUGCAAGCUCGACAGCUUACAACUCUAUUAUCAACACAAACUGUCUACUAUUGAACAUAGCUUAUGUUAUACCGCAGGCAAUCUUGCUUAUAGAGGGCCGAAGUAAGCUUCCAAAUCGUGACUUCAACCUAGGCAAGUUGGGCUAUCCCAUAAAUAUCUGUUCCGUUUUACUUUUGAUCCUUAUUGGUGUGCUUUUCUGUAUGCCCCAGACAAACCCGACAACCGUUGGCUCGAUGAACUAUAAUACCCCUGUUCUGUUGGGUCUGUUUAUUCUCAUCUGCCUCUUCUGGCUUGAACGCCGCAAGAAGUUCAGUGGUCCAGAUAUUGACUGGGAUAUGCUCGACGUUGCAAACACGGUGCAGUGA